GGGCGUAGUUCGCGACGUGCGGCGACGUGGCGGCGAGGCUGGCGCCGGGCGGCGGAAGUGGCUCCCGCGCAGGGACUGGAGUGUUUGUGUUUUGGUUCGUGAAGGAGCCGGCGGCCGACCUGAGGGGAGGAGGGGGGAGGAGGAAGAAUUAGUGGGAACUCGAGCGCCGGCGGCGGCAGAGGAGGAGAAAGGAGGGAGGAAGGCGGAGCGGAGAGAGGCGGAGACGGAGCCCGGCGGGGGCGGCACCGCAGCACGAGCCCCGCACCGUCCAGUCUGAGAGAAGCGGCGCAGAGGAGACGCGCCGCCGCCGCCGCCGCCGCCGCCUCAGCCUUUGCUUCAGCUUCCUCUCGGACUACGCCUGAGUCCUGCAGCCGGAAGCUUUGGCGCCGCGGGUCCGCGCGUUGCGGGCUCAGGUAACCGAGCCUGCCCGGAGCGGGUCGGGACCCCGGGUGACCCGCGGGCUUCUGCCGCCCUUACUUCUCGGAGACCCCCCAGCCCUUACCCACUCGCGCGCCGGGGCCGGAGCUGCGGAACCCGGUGUCUGGACCCGCCAGCCCCGGUGACGCAUCCCUCAAGGAGCUCUGGAGACUAGAAUUUGGGGACCGGCCUUGGCAGCGACGGGUGUCACCCUUCCUUUCUCAAGAUGGCGUCGCGAGAGAGGGCCGGAGGCCGCGGUUCCGCCUGCCUGUCUGUCCCGGCAGCCCGGGGGUUUCUUUACCUCCAGAAAGAAAAAAAUUGUCACCUUGCAUCCUGGAAGUUCAUAUAAGAGACUGAAGUUAGGGACUUGUUUCACAUUUGGACAUGGCUAAUCGAGGAGCAACAAGACCCAACGGGCCAAAUACUGGAAAUAAAAUAUGCCAGUUUAAACUAGUACUUCUGGGAGAGUCUGCUGUUGGCAAAUCAAGCCUAGUGCUUCGUUUUGUGAAGGGCCAAUUUCAUGAAUUUCAAGAGAGUACCAUUGGGGCUGCUUUUCUAACUCAAACCGUGUGUCUUGAUGACACAACAGUAAAGUUUGAAAUAUGGGAUACAGCUGGUCAAGAACGAUACCAUAGCCUAGCACCAAUGUACUACAGAGGAGCACAAGCAGCCAUAGUUGUAUAUGAUAUCACAAAUGAGGAGUCCUUUGCCAGAGCCAAAAACUGGGUUAAAGAACUUCAGAGGCAAGCCAGUCCUAACAUUGUAAUAGCUUUAUCAGGAAACAAGGCUGACCUCGCAAAUAAAAGAGCUGUCGAUUUCCAGGAAGCACAGUCCUAUGCAGAUGACAACAGUUUAUUAUUUAUGGAAACAUCAGCUAAAACAUCAAUGAAUGUAAAUGAAAUAUUCAUGGCAAUAGCUAAAAAGUUGCCAAAGAAUGAACCACAGAAUCCAGGAAUAAAUUGUACCAGAGGAAGAGGAGUAGACCUUACUGAACCCACGCAGCCAACCAGGAGUCAGUGUUGUAGUAACUAAAUCUCCAGUUUAAACUAACUGGAAUGUUCUUCUGCUUCCUAAAUGUUAAUAACAGUGGAAUUGGAGCAUUUAACCAGCCCAGUAUGACGUCCAAAAAGAAGAGACUUACGAUAGAGUCAAGUUUCUAAUACAGAAUUAUUUUAAGUGUUUUGAACUUAAUUUUUAAUAACAUGCAUGUGACCCUCUGACUAAUGUUUCAGCAGUGGAAGGGAGAAAUGAGAGCUGUGUGUAUGCUUGUUUCCUUGAAAGGUUAGGGGACUUAAUUCUCUUCACCAGGGAUAUAGACAAGUGACUCUGAACCCAUAGUUAACCAACCACUUCUGUGAAAAAGAUUUGGAACUUUAUCAUUUGGGCUUUUCAAAAAAAAAAAAAAUUCUUUAGAAGGAGAUUCUAAAGAUAUUUGUGCUUAUCUGCUGUAUUCAAGCAACCUAUAAUUUCUCUUAGUAUCCUUAUUUAAAGUAUACAUUCCACAUUGUAACAAAUUAGCAACCAAAAAAAAAACAGUCCCAGGUCUUCAGGAAAAAAAAAAAAAAAAACAUUAGUAGCAUCUAAAUUAUAGCCAGUUCCAUUUUUUUUUUUAAAUGGGGUUUUUAAAAAAGCAAAUGUAACCCUGUCUUAUUUGAGGAAUAUGAAAACUGAUAAAAUGAGUCUUAAAGGAUAGUGUUCCCUUGCAACAUGUGAGCUCUUCAACAAAGAUGAAACAAACCAGGAAUCUGUGAUUUCUGUUUAAUCACUGCUGGCCAUUACAUAGGUUUUGUUUGGAAGUAGGGCUUUUCUGCCCUUUGGACAUAAAUAUGGUCAAUGCACUAACAAUUAUGUACAUUCAAACCUGAUUAUUUUAAAUUCAGUCUUCAGCUGUACUGUAAAUAGGGUACCGCAUUGUAGUCUCCAUAUAUGUUUAUUACUUUUCCGUAAUAUUUAAGAGUUGCUUAAAAGUAUACAAAAUGUACAGUUACUAAAACAGCUAAUUUUUUUCUUCUCUCCCUCUUUGAAAGGAAGGGGCUUCUGUUGUUCCUACCUGGCUAGAACCAUAACAAACAAUGUACCAGUAAUUUGUAACAUAAGUAUUGAAUAUAGUAACAAUCUUGCAGCCUUGUUUUCCAAAAUUCUUUUUAUUUUGAUCAAUUCAGUAUAUUGCACUAAUUGUUUUAGGUAUUUUCAUUAUAUGAAAUCUACCAUGUGUCAGAGAUGAUUUAAUCUAUUUAAGUGUUGAACUGCUAGCAGAACUUGUACAUUUACAGUAAUUCAGAAUUAGUAAGGAAAACAGUUCACCAGUGUUUAGUUUUAUAUUGAGGUGCUCAGGUUGGAAUAAAGUGGUAUAAAAAGCA